CUCUUGCGACGAUAAGCUCAUUCCUGCCAGCUUUUUUGCCCUUCCCCGCCUACCCAGGCAACCACUCCCAUAAUAAUCCCACUCGCCCUGCAGGGCAAAGCCCCACGUCUUGUUUCACCAACUUUGGUAUCACAGUUACGCCAGAAACACGAAAAGCCCCAAAACAGUUCAUAACACCUUAAGCAAGGACCACACAGCAAAUACAUCACGAACGACAUGACCGACGAAGCCGCUCCUUCCUCCCAGCAGAACGCGUCCAAGAAGGACGAGAAGAAGCCUUCACCCGGCGGUGGUGGCCAGAACAGUGGCGGUAGGAAGCGCAACGCUUCGCGUACGGCCUCUGUGAGUGCCGUCAACGCGAACGCGAACGCCCCGAGGCCGUCGUCCAGGACCAGCAACAAGAGUGCCAACAAGAAAGGCCCAUCGAAUGCCCCCACGGGCACCGACUCCGGCUCGGAGUCGAAGAAGACUGAGCAACGUGGCAAGUCUCAAGGUGGUAGCAAUGCGCGCUCCAAUGGACACCGCAAAGGGCAGUCAACUGCUCAGAGUCGCCAGGGAGGCAACAGGCCCAGGGACAACGUCCCUCAGCCCAAGCAGCAGUCUCACUCUCCUGCUCCCCCCACCGUCGCGGACAACAGUGACGCCCUGUCGUCUUUGCAGAGGGUCAUUGCUGAUUUGAAGACGACAUCGAACCCUUCCCAGACGCCAAACGCGCACACCUCCAAUCUGCCUAUCAACGCACCCGUCUUUCAGCCUGGCGCGAGCUCGUUCCCUCCGACCCAGAACGAACAGCCGCCUAGGCACCGCAAGGCAGCGUCGCUGGGCACUGCCGGCAACCCCGGGUACAAUCCGUACUCCCCUAACUUGGGCUCCAUGAUGGAGGACGUCGAGGAAGGUCAGACCAACUUCCCUAUGGAAGAAGGAGAGAUCCCCGAAUCCGCGUAUGCGGGCCACCAACGCCGCUCGCUGUCGCAGAGUUUCACCGCUCCCCGCUUUGCGGCGCUUGCUGCCCAGGAGGGAGAGGUAACAGGGCCGACUGGCCGUCCGCAGCUCGCGCCUGGCUUCAUGUUUGGUGCUAGGCGACGCCCUAGCCAGAGUGUCAACUCGCCGAUGGGACCUCCCAUCAACGAGGAGGACGUCGGUUUCCAGUUUCCUCAGCAAACCCAGCAGCAGAACUUCGACAUCCCUCCUGGCGAGAUGAACCAGAGGAAGAACGAGGGCGGGCCUGAGAUUUCAGGUAUCAUGGCGGAGCAGAUCGCCCUGCAGAACCAGAUCGAGGCCCUGCAGCAACAGCAGGCAGCGCUCUACCAGCAACAGCUCGCCUCCAACCAAGUUCUUUCGUUCCAGACUCAGGGUUUGGCACAGGGACGCCCCAAUGUUCACCGCCGCGUCCAUAGCACUGUGCCUAUGGGAAUGGGCGGCAUGAACCCGUUCGGCGGCCAGCAGGCUGCUAUGGGGCAAUUCGGAAACCUUGGAAGCCUCGGUAUGGGGCUCGAUGGUCAGACCUCCGGCGUUCCUCGUGGCCAUGGCCGGCGUCACAGCGUAAACGUCCUCAACAAGUCGGGCAGCCCUGGCAUGGGAGCUCUAGGCUUUUCUCAGAGCGCGGAUGGAUUCGACGACGGUUUCACGGCUCCUGCUGGUAACGGCCACGCUCGUAAUGAUUCGAGCUGGCGCAUAAAUGGAGGUGUCGGCGGUCUUCAGAACGGCAACAAUUUCGCCGCUGACCUCGCACAGGCUCAGGCGCAGCUCAACAGCCUCCAGCAGUUCCGAGCUGCUGCGGGUGGUCAUCAUCAGAAGAUGGCUUCCUUCAGCUUCCCUAACAUGCUGCCGAACAUGAUGGCAGCGAACAUGAUGGGGCUCGGUUUGGGCGGAAUGAACCUUCUUCAACAGCAGCAACAACAGUUCCAAUCUCAGCUCCAACAGCAAUCCAAUCAACCUCAGCGCAAGUCGCUGUUCGCUCCUUAUCUCCCUCAGGCCUCACUGCCUCCGCUCCUUGCUGCCGGCAAGCUUGUCGUUGGUAUCUUACGAGUCAACAAGCGUAAUCGCUCCGAUGCGUACGUCGCGACUGAGGUGUUGGACGCCGAUAUCUAUAUCUGCGGAUCUAAGGACCGUAACCGGGCUCUCGAGGGCGAUAUCGUUGCCGUUGAGCUGUUGGAUGUUGAUGAAGUCUGGGGCACGAAGAAGGAGAAGGAGGAGAAGAAGCGCAAGAAAGAAGAGAACUCGGCUUAUGACCUGAAGGGUGCGGCUGGACGUAAGAACGACAAAAAGAAAGACGACGUCGAGGUCGAAGGCCAGGGCCUCAUGUUGUUCGAGGACGAAGAGGUUACGGACGAGGUGAAGCCACAGUUCGCCGGUCAUGUCGUCGCUGUUGUAGAGCGUAUGCCUGGUCAACUCUUCUCCGGUACUCUGGGUCUCCUCCGGCCUUCAUCGGCCGCCACAAAGGAGAAGCAGGAAGCAGAACGCCGCGAGAGGGAGGGCGACAAGGGCGAUGAGCCUCGCCGCCAGAUCGAGAGGCCCAAGAUUGUCUGGUUCAAGCCUACCGACAAGCGUGUCCCCCUCAUCGCCAUCCCCACUGAGCAAGCUCCUGCAGACUUCGUACAGAACUCGGAGGCCUAUGCCGACAAACUGUUCGUGGCUUGCAUCAAGCGACACCCCAUCAGCUCUCUUCAUCCUUUCGGCACUCUCGUCGAGGAGCUCGGGCCCAUAGGUGACAUUGAGGUCGAGACGAGUGCCCUCCUGAAGGAUUGUAACUUCCCCACCGAGGAGUUCAGCGAGAACGUCCUAAAGUGCUUGCCUCCUAUGCCGUGGAGUAUUCCUGACCAUGAACUGGAAACUCGCAAGGACUUGCGCAACGAGCGAGUCUUCACGAUUGAUCCUGAGACUGCUAAGGAUCUGGAUGAUGCUUUGUCUGUGAAGGCGAACGAGGAUGGCACCUUCGAGAUUGGUGUGCACGUCGCUGACGUUUCGCACUUCGUCAAGCCCAACUCUGCUCUGGACCGUGACGCCCGCAAGCGUGCUACCAGUGUUUACCUGAUGCAGCGCGCAGUCCCAAUGCUCCCGCCCGCUCUGAGCGAGCAGCUAUGCAGUCUCACCCCGGGCCAGGACCGCCUGGCGUUCUCGGUCAUCUUCACCAUCACUUCAGACGCCAAGGUGGUACAGAAGUGGUUCGGCAAGACUAUCAUCAAGUCGUCUGCGAAGCUUAGUUACAACGACGCUGCGGCCAUGCUCGAAGGAAAGACACCCGAAUUCGAGCGUGCUCCCGAGCAGACCGUCGCCGACUAUGCGCAGGAUCUCAAGGUGCUCAACGACCUCGCUCAUCAGCUCCGCGAACGUCGCUACAAGAGCGGCUGCAUCAGGACGGAGUCACUGAAGCUUACCUUCAAGCUCGACGAGGACGGUAUGCCCGUCGAUUGUACUCAGUAUGAGCGUGGCGACGCCCAUCAUCUCGUCGAGGAGUUCAUGCUCCUCACCAAUACCGCGGUCGCUCAGCAAGUUGCUGUGCACUUCACUGAGCAGGCUCUCUUGCGUCGUCACGACGCGCCAAUUGAACGUAGGCUUACUGCCUUCGUUGAGCGCGCAGCUCGCAUGGGUCUCAAGAUGGAUGUAUCUACUCCUGCUGCGCUUAUGAGGUCCCUGGAGACGAUUGCCGAUCCCACUGCUCGCAAGACUUUGGAGCUUUACUUAAGAAAGGCGUCCUCUCCGGCCAAGUACUUCUGCGCUGGAAUGCUCGACAUCGCUAAAUACGGCCACUAUGCUCUCAACAUCCCCCUGUAUACUCACUUCACUUCCCCGAUCCGUCGGUAUGCGGACAUCCUUGUCCAUCGUCAGUUGGACUCCAUCCUCCAGGGUGGCUCGGAACCGAAGUUCACCAUGGACCGCGACGCCGUUGCGAAGGUCGCUCAGCAAUGUAACAUCAAGCGGGAUUCUGCCAAGCUAGCGCAAGAACAGUCGACGCACCUGUACCUCUGCAUCUUGAUUCAUGACUUGACUCAGCGUUAUGGACCGGUCAUCCGUGAAGCGAAGGUUGUGGGGGUACUUGAAGCCGCCUUCGACGUUCUUGUACCUGAGUUCGGUAUCGAGAAGAGGGUACACGUUGACCAGAUGCCCAUCGACAACCACGUCUACGACGAACACACGCACACGCUGCAGAUCUACUGGUCUAAUCGUGAUGUGAUCACUUGGUUGGCCGAGAACAGCGACGACGAGCAUCUGAAGAAGGUCAAGCAGAACGCGGAGCAGCAUGCGCUCAAGAUGGAGGUCGCUUCGAGGUCUGUGCACGACGAGAAGGCGCUCUUCGACGAGGACGAUGGCGAGGAUGAGAUCGUCCUCGGGCGUGAUGACCGAGAGAAGGACGACGGCGGGAUCUCAAAGCAGAGGCUGCUGUCUAAAAGCAGGGCAACUCCGCGUUUCGAGGGUCUGCGUAGCACUCCUUCCGGUCACAAAAUCCAGGAGAUCAAGGAGCUUCAGACCGUGCCGGUCAUCGUCACGGCUGACCUCACCAAGAGCCCUCCGGUCAUCAAGGUCUACAGCGUCAACCCUUACGCUGACCAGAGGGCUUAGCAGGAGUAAACUGCCUGCGCCCUUGUAUUCGUUCUCCGUUCCUUAGUGUUGUAACCGCGCGGGCUCGGCGUGGUUGUAUGAUGUAGAAGCCCCGAUGUUGUUGAUGCUGGAUGAUUUCCUUCAUGUCUUCCCAUGUCACGUUCUUACGGCUCCGCUCACCUGCAGUUCUGCUGUCCUGCUGUUGUCUGCCGUUGUAUUACCGGAGGUUGUGUACGUUUCGGAUGUUCCAACGAUGCUGAUGUUCCUUACCAAAUACAUGAUCAUGUCAUCUCACAAAU